AUGUUUUAUUCUUAACAUCCAUAUGAUUAACCAAUAAAGUAAUUACUAUUAUUUAUAAUCCAGCUACAUUCCAUAAGCAUAUCCCAUGUAUUAUGAGCAUUAUUAGCCAUACCAAUAACAUUUUGAACCAUAUUAAGUUUUAUCAAAUGUUAUACCUAUCACAGAACCCAUACAAUCAACUAUAAUCUAUCCAAAAGAAACAGUAAUUGAAAGAUAUCCUCCUCUAUAAAUGCCAAAAUAAGUCUAAAUUGAAAAUCCUUAAAAAGAAAAAAAGAAGAAUUUUUUUAAUUUGGAUAACAAUCCUUAUUUGUUUUCCUCUGUUACAAUGAGAAAUUAUUAGUAAUAAUUACCACCUUAAGGAUAUCAAUAAUAAUCUAAUGAUACAAAUUAAAUAUUAUUGUAAACAAAUAGAUUGGAAAGCACUUAACGAUAUUAAGAAACUUAAAAUUAAUCAAUUUAACAGAAAAAUCUAAGUACAUCAGAAUCAGCAAGAAUAUUUUAUCCACCUUAACCUAUCUAAUAAUAAUCAAUUAAUAAUAAUUUUGAUUAGAAUCUAUAAACUACUUAAAAUUAUCCUAUAUAAAAUGUUUAAUAGUCUAAAAUAUUAGAAUAGAAAGAUUAUAUUGUUUAAUAAUAGAAUCUUCCAAUUAAUUAAUAAAUACCUCCUCCUAUUUAAACUUAGAGUUUGCACCCUUAAUAUAAAACUACAGCUCAAUUUUAACCAUAAUUAUCCAAAACUUUAAAUGAUUAACCUCCAAGAUAAAUGAAUGAAUCAAGAUCUUCUAUUAUUCAAUCAACUAUUGUAAUUUAUAAUAUAAAUUUAUAGUAAUACAAUGCCCCAAAAUAAAGACCAGGACUCAAUUUAGACUUGAAUUUAUAUAAAUCAUCAAGUUAAAGCCUUUCACAAUCUAAAUUAAGAAGAUCUAAAAUUUUUGAUUGA